UUUCUUUUGACUAACACCACAGAUGCCACGGCCUCACUUCUGGCCCCAUACCCCUUCCCACACGCCGUGCACCUGCCAGGAGGCGCACGAGCGGGCCAAGUGUGGAGGUGGUCGGUGUGCAGGGGACAUGAGGACACAUUUACGGGACACCUUUGGGUGCUUCAGCAGAGCUCGGGCUCGUUCUGAGCACACACCCAGGGUUUCCAGGAGCGCGGCCCUGGGCACACCCGGCCCCAGCAGCACAACGAGAGCACCCCGUGGGGGAACCCCAAAUCCCUCCCUCCCUCCCUCCCGAGCAGGGCCGGGCCCCGCUACGCUCUCCACAUCCCCGGCCUCCCACCACCACCGCCCCGGCCCCUGCCCACCUCACCCAGCCCCGUCCCGGCCCGAGCACCGCCCGCCGCCUUCCGGCCCCGCAGCGCCUGCGCCGCCCCGCCAUGGCCACACCGCCCAAGCGCAGGGCCCGGGCCCAGCCGCCAGCCCCGGAGCCGGGCUCCGGAUCGGACUCGGGCUCGGAGUCGGAGUCAUCGGGCGGCUCGGGGUCGGAGGAGGAGCGGGUGGAGGAGGAAGUGAAUAUUGAAUUUGAAGCACAUUCAAUAUCAGACAAUGACUACAGUGGGAUAAAGAAGUUACUUCAACAGUUGUUUCUAAAAGCUCCUGUUAACACUGCUGAAUUAACGGAUAUAUUAAUACAACAGAAUCAUAUUGGAAGUAUUAUCAAGCAAGCAGAGGUCCAGGAAGACAGCAGUGAUGAAGAUGACGACGAUGAUGAAGUCUUUGGUUUUAUAAGCUUCUUAAACUUAACUGAAAGGAAGGGUACACAAUGUGCUGAACAAAUCAAAGAGCUGAUUCUAAGCCGAUGUGAGAAAAACUGUGAACAGCAUGUAGUUGAACAACUGGAUAAGCUCCUAAAAGAUGAUACUAAGCCUGUGGGUUUCCUACUGAGUGAAAGAUUCAUUAAUGUCCCACCACAGAUUGCUUUGCCCAUGCACCAGCAGCUUCAGAAAGAGUUGACGGAAGCACAGAGAACAAACAAACCAUGUGGAAAGUGCCACUAUUACCUUCUUAUCAGCAAGACCUUUACAGAGGCUGCAAAGAGCAAUUCUAAGAAGAGAGAAGGGAAGAGAAAUCAGGAAAAGGAGGAAUUAAUGUUUGCAAACGCAGAGGAAGAAUUCUUUUAUGAGAAAGCUCUUCUGAAGUUCAACUAUUCUGUGCAAGAGGAAAGUGACACCUGUUUGGGCGGCAGAUGGUCCUUUGAUGAUGUACCAAUGAAACCUUUGCGGACUGUUAUGCUAGUUCCAGCCGAUGGAAUUAAUGCAAUUAUGGAUAAACUCAAAGACUAUCUCUCUCCAUGAACUUUCCUAUAAAGUUUUUUUUUAUAAAUCAGACAUGCAAAACUUUAUAUUUUUCAGAAGAUUACUAUGGAGUUAACGGUUUUGUACUGCUGAAAUGCUUCCUCUGUACACUUAAAAGACAAGUAGUUGGUACAACUAAAAAUACCCAUCAAAUUAAUAUUUCAAAAUAUUGUAUCUUACUGUACUUUGGUAUCAUCAUUAAGCAGUCAAUAAAAGUCCAGUGUUACAAAAAAAA